AUGUUCAGCUUUGUGGAUACACGAUUACUGCUAGUAAUAGCAGCAACAAUCCUAGUAGCAAAAUGUCAAGGAGAAGAUGACCUCGGAUCUUCAGGGUGCACCGUUGAUGGUAGAACGUAUAACGACAAAGAUGUAUGGAAACCCGAACCCUGCCAGAUCUGUGUUUGUGAUGAGGGAACUAUCCUUUGCGAUGAGGUGAUCUGUGAAGACAUUGGUGACUGCCCCAACCCUGAGAUCCCAAUGGGAGAGUGCUGCCCUGUGUGCGGUGAAGGUCAGUACCAGACAGGCUCUGUUGUUGAGGGACCCAGGGGAGAAACUGGUCCAAGAGGCGACAGGGGACCAGCUGGCCCACCUGGCAGAGAUGGCAUUCCUGGACAAAAUGGUCCCCCUGGACCCCCAGGCCCACCUGGACCACCUGGCCUUGGCGGAAACUUUGCUCCUCAAAUGUCUUACGGUUAUGAUGAGAAAUCCGCUGGUGUCUCCAUGCCCGGCCCCCAUGGGUCAUGAUUAUAGGCAUGUGUCUUUUUUCCCUUCUUAAGGGACCUCAAGGCUUCCAAGGACCCCCUGGUGAACCUGGUGAACCUGGUUCUGCUGGUGCUAUGGGACCUCGUGGACCCCCAGGACCUCCAGGAAAGAAUGGUGAAGAUGGUGAAGCUGGCAAACCCGGACGUCCCGGUGAGCGUGGUCCCCCAGGCCCACAGGGUGCUCGUGGUCUCCCAGGAACUGCUGGUCUUCCAGGAAUGAAGGGACACAGAGGUUUCAAUGGUCUUGAUGGAGCUAAGGGUGACUCCGGUCCUGCUGGUCCUAAGGGUGAGCCUGGUAGCCCCGGUGAGAAUGGUGCUCCUGGACAAGUGGGCCCUCGUGGUCUGCCUGGUGAGAGAGGUCGUCCUGGCCCAUCUGGUCCUGCUGGUGCUCGUGGUAAUGAUGGCACUCCUGGUGGUGCUGGUCCCCCUGGUCCCACUGGCCCAUCUGGACCACCUGGCUUCCCUGGCGGUGUUGGCCCUAAGGGUGAUGCUGGUCCCCAAGGAUCCCGUGGUCCUGAUGGUCCCCAAGGUGGUCGUGGUGAACCUGGUGCUGCUGGUCAAGCUGGCGCUUCUGGUCCUUCUGGAAACCCUGGUACUGAUGGUCAACCUGGUGGCAAGGGUGCCACUGGUGCUCCUGGUAUUGCUGGUGCUCCUGGUUUCCCUGGUGCCCGUGGUGCUCCUGGACCUCAGGGCGCUGUUGGUUCUCCUGGUCCUAAAGGUGAAUCUGGUGCUCAAGGAAACAAGGGUGAGCCUGGUGCCAAGGGAGAAGCUGGCCCAUCUGGUUCUCAAGGACCCCCUGGCCCUCCUGGUGAAGAAGGAAAGAGAGGAUCCCGUGGUGAGCCCGGACCUUCUGGACCUCCCGGACCUGCUGGGGAACGUGGUGGCCCUGGAAGCCGUGGUUUCCCUGGUGCUGAUGGUGCUGGUGGACCCAAGGGCCCUCCUGGUGAACGUGGUCCCGUCGGCCCUGCUGGUCCCAAAGGAUCUGGUGGUGAAUCUGGUCGCCCUGGUGAGCCUGGUCUUCCUGGUGCUAAGGGUCUGACUGGUAGCCCUGGUAGCCCUGGCCCUGAUGGCAAGACUGGCCCUGCUGGUGCCCCUGGUCAAGAUGGUCGCACUGGACCUCCCGGCCCACCUGGUGCCAGAGGCCAGUCUGGAGUUAUGGGUUUCCCUGGUCCUAAGGGAGCAGCUGGUGAGCCUGGUAAGCCUGGUGAGAGAGGAGUUGCUGGUCCCCCUGGUGCUGUUGGUGUACCUGGAAAAGAUGGUGAAGGUGGUGCUCAAGGUCCUCCUGGCCCUGCUGGACCUGCUGGAGAGAGAGGUGAAAACGGUCCUGCUGGUCCUCCUGGAUUCCAAGGUCUUUCUGGAUCUCCUGGUGCCCCUGGUGAGAGUGGCAAACCCGGUGAACAGGGUGUUCCCGGAGAUGUUGGACCCUCUGGCCCUGCUGGCUCAAGAGGUGAAAGAGGAUUCCCUGGUGAACGUGGUGCCCUUGGACCCCCUGGCCCUCAGGGACCUCGUGGUGCUAACGGUGCUCCUGGUAACGAUGGUGCUAAGGGUGAAGCUGGUGCUCCAGGUGCCCCUGGUGGUCAAGGACCUUCUGGUCUUCAAGGAAUGCCCGGUGAACGUGGUGCUGGUGGCAUGCCUGGUGCUAAGGGUGACAGAGGUGACCAAGGACCUAAGGGUGCCGAUGGUGCUCCUGGCAAAGAUGGCGUUAGAGGUUUAACUGGUCCUAUUGGUCCUCCUGGCCCUGGUGGUGCUCCUGGUGACAAGGGUGAAGGUGGUCCUUCUGGUCCAGCUGGUCCCACUGGUGCCCGUGGUGCUCCCGGUGAGCGUGGUGAGCCCGGUCCUUCUGGCCCUGCUGGAUUUGCUGGUCCUCCUGGUGCUGAUGGUCAACCUGGUGCCAAGGGUGAACAAGGUGAUGCUGGUCCCAAAGGUGAUGCUGGUCCUCCUGGAUCUGGUGGUCCCACUGGACCUCCUGGACCUUCUGGCCCAUCUGGAAAGGAAGGACAGAAAGGACCUCGUGGUGAGACUGGCCCUGCUGGACGUCCUGGUGAACCUGGUGCUGGCGGUGAACGUGGUCCUCCCGGUCCUUCUGGCCCACCAGGCUUAGCUGGACCUCCCGGUGAAGCAGGUCGUGAAGGUCCUCCUGGAUCUUCUGGCAGCCCUGGUAAAGAUGGUGCUAAUGGUCUGCCUGGUCCCAUCGGCCCACCUGGUCCUCGUGGUCGUACUGGUGAUGUUGGCCCUGCUGUGAGUAUAAUUAUUUACUUAUUAUCCUUACCCAUAUGA